UUGGAGGUAAAGGGAUCCCCUUUGGAACAUGUGAGUGUGUAUGUCGGCUGGCGUCUCUGUUCUGAGUGUCUGUUUUCGGUGAUGCGCGCUUUCGGUUUGCAGCUGUCCUCUCAGACCGUAAGGACUGGGGGACUGUGAUCAGCAGACGUGCUAGGAGGAUCACAGGCUGCCACCCUGGGGGACGCCCCGGGAGGUGGGGAGAGCCAGGGACGCCUGGUGGUCUCCUUCUGUCGGUCAGAGGACCGAGUUCUGUUGUUGAAGCGAAAGCUUCCCCUCCGCGGCCGUCCGACUCUUUUGCCUGCUUGUGGAAGACGCGGACGGGUCGCGUGUGUCUGGAUCUGUUGGUUUCUGUUUUGUGUGUCUUUGUCUUGUGCGUCCUUGUCUACAGUUUUAAUAUGGGACAGACUGUGACGACCCCUCUUAGUUUGACUCUCGACCAUUGGACUGAAGUUAAAUCCAGGGCUCAUAAUUUGUCAGUUCAGGUUAAGAAGGGACCUUGGCAGACUUUCUGUGUCUCUGAAUGGCCGACAUUCGAUGUUGGAUGGCCAUCAGAGGGGACCUUUAAUUCUGAGAUUAUCCUGGCUGUUAAAGCAAUUAUUUUUCAGACUGGACCCGGCUCUCAUCCCGAUCAGGAGCCCUAUAUCCUUACGUGGCAAGAUUUGGCAGAGGAUCCUCCGCCAUGGGUUAAACCUUGGCUGAAUAAGCCAAGAAAGCCAGGUCCCCGAAUUCUGGCUCUUGGAGAGAAAAACAAACACUCGGCUGAAAAAGUCAAGCCCUCUCCUCAUAUCUACCCCGAGAUUGAGGAGCCGCCGGCUUGGCCGGAACCCCAAUCUGUUCCCCCACCCCCUUAUCCGGCACAGGGUGCUGCGAGGGGACCCUCUGCCCCUCCUGGAGCUCCGGCGGUGGAGGGACCUGCUGCAGGGACUCGGAGCCGGAGGGGCGCCACCCCGGAGCGGACAGACGAGAUCGCGACAUUACCGCUGCGCACGUACGGCCUCCCAUACCGGGGGGCCAAUUGCAGCCCCUCCAGUAUUGGCCCUUUUCUUCUGCAGAUCUCUAUAAUUGGAAAACUAACCAUCCCCCUUUCUCGGAGGAUCCCCAACGCCUCACGGGGUAGGGAGAGCUUGAAAAUCUAUCGCCAGGCUCUGGUGGCGGGUCUCCGGGGCGCCUCAAGACGGCCCACUAACUUGGCUAAGGACAGUCAGCCCUGGAUAUCAGAAAGAAGCUUCAGAGACUGGAAGGGUUACAGGAGGCUGAGUUACGUGAUCUAG